AUGUCUGACGACAAAAUCACCCAGCCUGCUGCCGCGCAGACCAACGAAGCUACUGCCGCUGCCGCUGCCGCUGGUGCAGAUAAAGCUACAUCCGACUCUGGCGCGCCUACCAUCAAUACAAAGCCAAUUGAGAAGGAAUCUUCAUCUGCAGAUGACAGCACAGAGGUUAAGGAGGAAGCCACAGCAAUUAAAUCCAAUCAAGACCCUGCAUCCUCUGCUACCGAAGCAGUUCCCACUUCCCAAUCGACCGAACAGAAGCCCACUGACACGGACGUCGAAAUGGCCGAUGUAGCCGACAAAUCUGACGCAGAUGUCAAGGCCGACACUGCAAAGACCGCUGAGCCUGCAAACAUCGAAGAUGACAAAGCUGCUGAGGAUGUUGCCGAAGGCGCUGGUGAAGGUGUCGCCGCCGAAAAUGAGUCGGCUACGCAUGGAGACAAGUCAAAGGCGCGUCGCAAGUCCACUGCCGACAACAAAGGCAAGAAAUUGAACAAGAAAGCCUCCAGGGCCAAGAUACUCCACGUAGAUGCACAGCCCGGCGAGCAUUACUUCGCCAAGCUAAAGGGAUUCCCCCCUUGGCCUGUCAUCAUCGCCGAAGAGGAUAUGCUCCCACAGAGCAUGCUGAGCUCAAGACCUGUCACCGCUGCUCGCCCUGACGGAACAUACCGUGAGGACUUUGCGGAUGGUGGCAAGAGAAUUGCGGAUCGUACAUUUCCUGUCAUGUACUUACACACUAAUGAAUUUUCAUGGACCCCCAACACGGAGCUGAAGGAGCUUGACCCAGAGACUGUCGCUGGCAUGGUUACAAGCAAGAUGCGCAAGGAUUUGCAAAACGCUCACCUAUUGGCUGCCGAGCAGAACGACCUUGAUUAUUACAAGAAUGUUCUCCGGGAGUUUGAGGAGCAACGCAUUGCGAAGCUUGAGGCCAAGAAAGCUAAGUCGACUAAGACACCGAAGAAGGGCACCAAGGCAUCGGACACUGCCGCAGCUGACGAAGACGGUGAUAUUGAAAUGGGUGAUUUCGAUGCGACUGAUGAGGCGGAGCCCGUUGAAAAGAAGCCCAAGUCGUCUAAAAAGCGCAAGGCUGAUGAUGACAGCAAUAGCACACCCCAGCGCUCCGAAUCUGUCAAGAAACCUAAGAUCAAGUUGACAAACUCAUCAACUCCAAAGACAGCCAAUGGUGUUCAAUCACCUACGCCCAAAGACUCUAAGCCCGUUAAGGUCAAGGCGAAGCCAGCUAAGGGCGGCAAAGAGAACGCCGAUGCCAAGAAGGAGAAAGAGUCCUCUGUCCCUGUGGUUAAGGAAGCCGAGCUCAGCCCUGAGGAGAAGCGUAUGCGCAAGGAGAAGGAGAUAUUGUUCUUGCGCCACCGACUCCAGAAGGGUCUUCUCGUCCGCGAUCAGGAGCCUAAGGAAGAGGAGAUGAAGUCGAUGUCGGAGUUCCUUGCUAAGCUAGAGACGUUUCCUGACCUGGAAGUUAACAUCAUUCGGGUUACCAAGAUCAACAAGGUCCUCAAAGCCAUCCUGAAGAUAGAUACUAUCCCGAAGGAGGAGGAAUUUCAGUUCAAGCAACGAUCACAGACUCUCCUGGACAAGUGGACCAAAUUGAUCCAGGCUGCUGAAGACGACGCCGCUGCUGCCACGUCUGGAGCUAACGGUGUCAACGGGUCGUCUGGCGAAGCUGCGAAGGGCGAGAAGGGGGGCGCUAAUGGUGUGAAGGAGACUUCGGCCGAUGUCAAGGCAGACCUUGAGAAGGAAGAUGCCAAGCCCGAUGCCUUAGAAGACCAACAAGAAAAGGCAGACACCAAGACGACGUCAACCAGUGAGGAGAAAGCCGAUGCAGCAGAGGCUGCGAAUGUUUCGGCAGAUGACGUGCCAACGGCGGAUGCCGAUGAAUCUACAGCAUGA